AUGAGAAAGGUCAGAACUUCAUCUUCAAGAAAAAGCAAGCCUACUAAAGUAAGUACCGCUUCCACUCCCUCCAUGACUGUGAGAAAUAUGAAUGAUCCUGAACUUCCCCCUGGUGUGAAGAAACCCAUGUUCAUGACUAGUUUGUAUCUUGAUCCCAUCAGCAUUGAACCUAAUGUUGGUAUGAAUGAAGCUUGUUCCGAUGUGACAAGUGUUAUGGAAAAUUUUGAAGCUUUUGUACCUAGCAACAAACCUAGAUUUGUCACUACCUUGAGAAAAUCUAGCGUGAUCGUUGCUGAUAGAGACGGUGUUAAUAAGAAUAUUUGCGUGCUAAUCUCUCAAGUUUUGGGGAUUGACCCUAAGAAAAAUGUUGUGCCGGAUGUCUCCAUAUCCUUGACCCAACCGGAUAACAAUACUAAGAACCCCAGAGAUAAUCCUGAUGUGCAUGCACAAACUCUCUCUCCUGAGAAAUCUCAAGACAAAGAAAGGUCCGAAGAUAUAACUAAUGACCUGGAUAAAAACCUUGUUGAUCAACCCACAUACCUUGUUAAUAUUGAGGAUUUGGACUCUGAUGAUGUCCCUAUCGGGAAAGGUCAAGUUGUUAGGUCCUCCAACACUCCCUCCAAAUCUAUCAGGAAGAAGACUAGUGUUGGUCCCACUAAAAGAUGGAGCAAGGUGGUUAAUCCUACGCCUAAGGAGAAGUCUCUAAAAAGAAAGGAUGUUCCCUCUAAAUAUAGUGAAUCUGAUCAGGACAUUGAACACAAUGUUCAGGACAUCAUCUCCACUUCCAGAAAGCAAGCCUUUGGGAAGAAGAUUCCAUCCAACAUUCCUGAAGUUCCACUUGACAACAUCUUUUUUCAUUCUGUUGAAAAUGUUUAA